AAAUGACGACGGGUGCUCAGGCUACCGAGGACCCCACGUCUGGUUCCAGCCCACGCCCACCCCCGCUCCGUUCCCACGGUUAUAUCUCCGUUUACUUGGGGGUAGCGGGGAGCCCAAGGGCUCGGUGAAGUCAAGCUUUGCCAUCACCUGGGGAUCUGGGGAAGCAGGCAUGGAGAGAAGGAGAAGGGAGCGAGGCUGGCGGCUGCUACAAUGGCUUCACUCACUGGCCACGGCAGUCCCGGUGCCACCUCCUCUAAGCGAAAGUGAAAGAGAAGCGCAGGGCAGGCUGGCCAGCACCGGUGUUUGGGGAGCUUCCUCCGCGGAGCCCCGGCCCUGCCCGCGGGUGGGAUAGUGGGGAAGGGCAGAGGGCGGAAAGGGUCCUGCGAGCCGUCUCCAUGCGCGCGGAGGCGGCGCGCUGUCUGCUGCUCUGCUUGGCUCUGUGCGGCGCGGCGGAAGCCGAGCUCGGUGCAGCAGGGCAGUGGCGGGCUGUGGAUGUGGUCCUCAGUUGCUUCCUGGCAGUGGAAGACGGGCACCGUGGAGCUUUUGCGGGCAUUGCCAACAGGGAGGCGGCCUUGCUCGUGCUGAGGCAGGUGCCGGUGCUGGAUGAUGGCUCCCUGGAAGGCUUCACCGACUUCACUGUGGCCCAAGAUGACCCCCCUGUUAUCUUCGAGGCCUCGGUGGACCAGGUGCAGAUUCCCCAGGCCGGGGCCUUGCUCCACGCCGACUGCAGUGGCAGGGACCUGACCUGUGAGAUCUCCCACUAUCACCUCCAGGCCAGACAGAAGGCCAGUGUUGAGAAAGCAGCGUGGUUCAUCAGUAACGUGCAGGUGUCUGGAGGGGGACCUAGUGUCUCCAUGGUGAUGAAGGCUCUCAGAGACGCUGAGAAUGGGGCUGCCUUGCACCCCAUGCUGAAACUGCCGCUGAGCUCCCAGGGAACUGUGCGGACCACAGUGGAGUUCCAGGCGACAACAAGGACCCAAUCCUUGAAUGCCUUGCUGGGGUCCUCGGUCUCCCUCCACUGCAGCUUUUCCAUGGCAGCAGGCUUGGACCUCAUCAGCGUAGAGUGGCGGCAACAGCAUAAGGGCAGUGGCCAGCAGGUGUACAUCUGGACCACAGGAAAGGGGCAGGCCAAGCGAGAUGGUGCUACCCUGGAGCUGGAGCAGCUACACGUGGCCAGGAAUGCCUCCCUCACCCUUCCCGGGCUCACAGUAAAGGAUGAGGGGGUCCACAUUUGCCAGAUCACCACCUCACUGUACCAAGUUCAACAAAACAUCCAGCUCAACAUCCAAGCUUCCCCCAAAGUACGACUGAGCUUGGCCAACACAGCUGUGCCACCCACCCUCAUCUGCAGCAUUGCUGGCUAUUACCCUCUGAACGUGGCAGUGACGUGGACCCGAGAGGAGCUGGCUGGAGCCGCAGUCCAAGUCUCCGGUGCCUCCUUCUCCAGCCUUAGGCAGAGCCCGGCUGGCACCUAUACCAUCUCCUCCUCCCUCACAGCAGACCCCGGCCCUGCAGGCGCCACUUACACCUGCCAGGUCACACACAUCUCCCUGGAGGAGCCCCUCGUGGCCAGCAUCUGGGUGGCCCCAGCAGGGCAGACAACGGCCUCUGGAUUCAUCUUUGCCAGCAGCCUCUUCCUUCUCGCACUGCUGUUCCUGGGGUUUCAGAGAUGGCAGGCCACCUCAGCAAGAGCUGCCAAGGCCCCAAGGCAUUCUGAGUAGCCAUCCGCCUGUGUCAGGAAGAAGAAAGGACCCUCGGUCAAGCUGCAGAGCUGAGACAGGCGGGCGGGCGGCGCCAGGCUCCGCGCAGGCCUCUGCCUUCCCGCACUGUGUGCGCUGGGCUGAUGCACCAAGGGAGAGAAUGGGAAGAGGUGAGGGGACGACAGGAAGGCUGCAGGUCUGGACGGAGGUUAACGCCAAGGCGCCGGCUCUGAGGGGAGGGACAGGAAGGAAUCUGGACAGCAGCAAGUGAGGGAGAAGGGGCCAAGGUCGGGCAUCACUCUCAACCUCUCCACUCGUCCCAAUAAAAGUCUGUGCGUCCCCGGAGGCAAAGCUGGGCCACUUCCUUGUCUUCCUACACUGGGUCACAGCCGAGCCCCAUCCCC